UAUGAUGUGUUCUUGCUCUCACUACACUUCACACAAUUGAGCUUAGAGCAGAGAAAAAACAGAGAGGAAAGAUGUUAGACAAGCUAUGGGAUGAUGUUAUGGCCGGACCUCAGCCGGAAUCCGGCCUCGACAAGCUCCGUAAAACCCUUUCCGUUCAAACAAGUGUGGAAACUGGGGAAGGAUCGAGCAGCAAGUACCAAAGGUCGAUGACGAUGCCGGCGAGCCCCACAACGCCGACGACGCCGUCAACUCCGUCGCCGACGGCGCGUAAGGAGAACGUGUGGAGGAGCGUGUUCCACCCGGGGAGUAACCUCGCCACCAAGAGAAUCGGAGCAGCGGUUUUUGACAAGCCUACUCACCCCAACGCCCCCACUGUUUAUGACUGGAUGUAUAGUGGAGAAACCAGAUCGAAGCAUCGUUGAGGAUUGAGAUAAGAUCAGAGAUGGAUGAAUGCAUGUAAAUACAAGCUAAAGCUAUAUAUGAGUGGUUCACUUCUUGUACUAUCGAUCUUCUACUACAAAAAAUGGGAUUUCACGUGGUCAAAAUACAUCGGUUUCACCAUAGCCGAUCUAUAUAAGCUCACCGAAUUGAAAUUCCUGAUCCUAUGAAUCUAUGAUUAGUACUUUAAUUUGUUUGCUGAUAUAUUAAUCACUAUGUGUAAUCAUGUCUUUUGUUUAAUCUUAUGUCGUUUCUUCUACUCUGAUCUAAUGCUUUGAAGCUGUAUUUUUUUUUAAUUAUGAAUUUUGUCUACUCUGAAAUCUGAAUGACCUAAAUAUCUAUAAA